CCCACAGCUAGAGCGGUGAAAGUGAAGUCGCACCAGGCUCGACUUUGUUCCUGCCAACCCAGGUAACGACUUCUUCGGGCGCAAAGGAGAGAGCAGAUCGGCCAUCGAGAACGCACUGCCUGCUUGCACUGAAGAGCACAAAGCUUCAUACUGAGCCCGCAGCUAAUCCGUCCCGUCACCAAAGCGAGCUCGAUGGGGAUUGUUUUCCCCACCGCACUAAGAUCUGUUCGGGAUGUGGAGCCCUGGGGGACAUGCCCCGACGAGAGCACACACGCCAAAAUGGUAAUUCGGACAAGUUUUCCGCUAUAAGAGAAAAGAAAAGGUGCCUUGUUUUACAUUUCCAUAUUCAGGAAGACUGCACACUAUCAACAUGGUCUCCAAACGGUCUCUCUACACUCUAGCAACCGCGCUAAUGGGCCAUGGUGUUUCGGCCUUCAGAAACCCCAUUAUUAGCGGCGUCAAUGCAGACCCCUCCGUCAUCCGUGUAGGAACUGACUACUUCCUCGCCUCCUCCUCCUUCGAGUACUUCCCCGGCCUGCCCAUCUACCACUCCACAAACCUCGUCGACUGGGAAAUCAUCAGCCACGGCCUGACGACCCACAACGCUAUUUAUGAUCGGCAGCUGCUUACUACCGGCGGUAUCUUCGCGCCUACGUUGCGGUAUCAUGGUGGCACGUUCUACCUGAUCACCAACUAUGCUGAUACAUUCAACCCCGCCGACCAGCGCCCCUUCCUGGUCACGACGCAGGACAUCUUCUACGGGAACUGGAGCCAGCCCCUGUACUUCGACCAAACCGGCAUCGACCCGGAUCUCUUCUUCGACGACGACGGGUGCAUGUACCUGUCCACUGCGUUGCCGGAAUUCGGGCCCCGCGGUGGCAAUAGCACGAUAUGGCAGUCCAAAGUCGACGUGCGGACGGGACACAGCCUGACGCAGCCGGCGUUGAUUUACAAGAGUAGUUUGCCCGAGAAGAUUAGGUGGGCGGAGGGUCCACACGUGUAUAAGAUCAAUGAGACGUACUAUUUGUCUGUUGCAGAAGGCGGCACAGAAGUCCUGCACCGCCAGACCAUCCAUCGUGGCGUCUCGCCCUCGGGCCCCUGGACUCCAAGUCCCCGUGGCCCCCUCGUCUUCAACUCCCGCGACCCCGCCGCCCCCGUGCAGCAAACCGGGCACGCGGACCUCGUGGUGCGACCGGACGGGAAGUGGUACGCCGUGUUCCUUGCUGUGCGCCCGCAGCUGCCCGCCAACAUAAACGGCACGUAUCAGCUCGGCCGCGAGACGUUUCUCAGCCGCGUGACAUGGGAGGCGGGGUGGCCGGUUGCGAAUGGGGGGCAGCUCAUCACGUUUGACAUGCAGGAUCCUGACCUGCCAGCUUCGGCGCAGAAUGCGAGCAGCACCUGGACGGAUGAUUUCAGCUCCCCAGCGUUGUCACCUGAGAAGUGGGAGUUCCGCGGCACGCCGUAUGGUACCUGGUACCGCGUGGCCAACGGCUCGCUGCGUCUCCGCGGGACGCCACGCGCGCUGUCCGCGCUCGAUGGCGUGGCGCUCGUGCUGACGAAGCAGGACGAUUUGUUCUACGACUUCAGCGUCGAUCUGGACUUCCAGCCUACCCUGCAGACACACGAGGCCGGCAUCGUAGCCUGGGUCAACGACGAGUUCCACAACAGCAUCUCGCUCGUGCUAUGCGCGAACCAGACAAGCACGGUGUGUCUGAAGACAGAGACGAUCGCGCAGGGAGAGGGCGUCGAUGGGAACGCGACGACGUCCUAUGUGUCUGUGCCGGAUGGAGCCGUCACUAAUGGAGCAGCGAGUGUACGACUGCAUGUUCGUGCGACGCCGGAUACGUAUCGCCUGGGGUACUCGGUUGAGAGAGAGGAGGAGCCUACGUGGUUGGCGGCGUUCUCCGCGAGGUGGAUGGCGCCGCGGUCUGGGGGGCGGAUAUCGUGGCAGGGCGCGAGGAUGGGGAUGUAUGCGACGGGGAACGGGGUGCCGAUGCUUGUGGAGGCGGCUUUUGGGGAUGUCGAGGUUGUGAGGGGGGAGGCGGCGUGAUGGAGCGCUGGGUCGGAGCUGUAUGUGGUUGCACGACG